AUGUACGCACUCGCCGACAUCUCACAUAUCAGCACACGCUCGACUUCGCCUGUUUCAAAUAUGGAAGAACAGUCAAAGGAAGAAGAACUCCUCCAACUGCGUUUGGAGUUAUUGAAGCUACAGCAGAAAGUAUCUUCGUUGGAGGGACACAUCCCAAACGAAGAUCCACUGGGUAGCAAAACAAACGGUGGUACAAGUUCACCGGCGGGAGCUGCGCAAGAAAGCGAGAGUGACUUAUCCAAACUGGCCUCCGCUAUUAUGGCAGCUAUUCAACCAGCUGAAAUGAUGUGUCAGCAUAACCUCGAUCUUCCGAGAUUCAACGGAUCACACAGUGAGUGGUUAGCGUUUCAAUCAGCAUAUAGGCAAACGGCAAGACAUUUAAGUGACGUAGAAAAUAUGGCUCGUCUCAGAAGAUGCCUUGUGGGUAAAGCGAAAGAAGCUGUGAGAAGUCUGCUUAUAUACCACACCAAUCCGGAAGAAAUUAUGAAAUUAUUAGAGUCUCGUUUCGGUCGACCCGACGCAAUAGCGAUUACCGAAUUAGAAUCAUUAAGAAAUUUGCAAAAACCGGGUAGCACGCCGAGAGAUUUAUGUAUGUUUACAAGUAGAUUUUGUAAUAUAGUAUGUAGCCUAGAAGCAUUAGGAAAGAUAUAUUAUCUCUAUAACCCAGAAAUAACAAGAUCUACGGUAGAAAAACUGUCGACGACGCUUCAGCAUCGGUUUUUUGCAUAUGCGGCGCAGCAACCGAAACAAGAAGCAGAUUUACUAAAGUUGAAGCGAUUCUUGUGUACAGAAGCAGAUAACUGUGCACCCUUUGCGCGACCUGAAUCAAACUUUGAGUCGAAAAAACCUCAAGUGAAGUUGCAACGUAUCUAUGUGACCAAAGACCUGAAAGUGCGAAACAAUUGUGUUAUUUGUGACAAAAAUGGACAUACUGUGAACAAGUGUUUAGUUUUUAAUGAGUUGACUGUAGAUAAACGGUGGGCAAAAGCGAAAGAAAAGUGGUUAUGUUUUAGGUGCUUGAAACUGAGAUCAACAAAUCAUAAGUGCCCGACUAUUCAGUGUGGCGUCGACGAGUGUCAACGGAGCCAUCAUGCGUUAUUACACCUAAGUAACGAGAAUAACGAUAUGACAAGCAUAGAAACCGUUGUCGCAACGUCGCGGAAGCUUAAUUACGAUCUAAACGAAAAGGCUCAAGAUCUCCUCGAACAGCAUACGCAUCAAGAGGUUGAUGGGAUUUUCGAAACGACAAAGCAAAAUCACAGUAACGCCAGCCCUCCUGAAACUUGCAACAUCGCUCACAAAAGUAUGCAAGCGGUUGGAAUACAGUUAGAUCGUAACUCACAACUCGAAACGAGAUACGAACAAGAAAUAAAAACAGACACUUACACCAAUAAGAACAUUGUCGAUCAGGUCCAAUUAGAGAAAGAUGUCACAACUGAUAACGUGAAUCACGUCGCAUUCGUGGAAGAAGCUACACCUGUAAAAGUCUGCACAGGGCGCUCCGAUACGUCAUCAGGUUACAAAGGCGUCGCCGUAAACUAUGACCUAGUGGAGCAUCCUAAUUUGCCACUGGUCAUACCGCACACAAGUUCAACAAUAUUCAAACAAGACAGUUUGGAUAGCAAUACCGACAUGCAGGAAUCCUUCAAGAAAAUGAAAAUGAUCGAUAAAGAUAGAAACAUGGUUUGGAAUCGAGCGAAAGGCAAAGAAACGAUAAAUAAGAUCGUAAAGAAGAAACAACGAAAGCGGAUACAGAACAGAAAUCUGUUUAUUAAACAACGUCGUUCCAAUUGGAAACGAGAAGAAAUGGUCCGUAAGUGGAAAGCGUACUCGAGUAAGGAAAGGAUCCAGCAAAACUCUCGUGUGCAGGUACAAUACCGGCGGGAGCCCCACGACACGGGAAAAGUAAAGAUAGGUUUUGUGGACUUUACAAGCGACAAUUGCCUUCCUUACAAGAAGUGGACAUAUGACAUAGUCGCUGACACAAUCCUAAGUCAAGAGGGUGAUAUUAAAGUAGCGGAUCCAAUAACUGAGAGCAUCCCAGAACGGCCGGCUAGAAAACCAAUUAUUUUACCAACUAACGGAGCCAUCCUUCACCAUGGAGACGAUGCGUCGUCGGUCAAAGACAACCGAGCGACGCACGGCGGGAGAAUGUUCCGGACAGCUCGCGUUAGGUUUAAAGCAUAG